CCAUGGGUCCCCCUGAAACAUAAUCAGACAGCUCUGCCAGCACAACCAUGGGUCCCCCUGAAACAUAAUCAGACAGCUCAGCCAGCACAACCAUGGGUCCCCCUGAAACAUAAUCAGACAGCUCUGCCAGCACAACCAUGGGUCCCCCUGAAACAUAAUCAGACAGCUCUGCCAGCACAACCAUGGGUCCCCCUGAAACAUAAUCAGACAGCUCUGCCAGCACAACCAUGGGUCUCCAUGAAACAUAAUCAGACAGCUCAGCCAGCACAACCAUGGGUCCCCCUGAAACAUAAUCAGACAGCUCUGCCAGCACAACCAUGGGUCCCCCUGAAACAUAAUCAGACAGCUCUGCCAGCACAACCAUGGGUCCCCCUGAAACAUAAUCAGACAGCUCUGCCAGCACAACCAUGGGUCUCCAUGAAACAUAAUCAGACAGCUCAGCCAGCACAACCAUGGGUCCCCCUGAAACAAGGUCAGACAGCUCAGCCAGCACAACCAUGGGUCUCCCUGAAACAUAAUCAGACAGCUCUGCCAGCACAACCAUGGGUCCCCCUGAAACAAGGUCAGACAGCUCUGCCAGCACAACCAUGGGUCCCCCUGAAACAAGGUCAGACAGCUCUGCCAGCACAACCAUGGGUCCCCCUGAAACAAGGUCAGACAGCUCUGCCAGCACAACCAUGGGUCCCCCUGAAACAAGGUCAGACAGCUCUGCCAGCACAACCAUGGGUCCCCCUGAAACAAGGUCAGACAGCUCUGCCAGCACAACCAUGGGUCCCCCUGAAACAAGGUCAGACAGCUCUGCCAGCACAACCAUGGGUCCCCCUGAAACAAGGUCAGACAGCUCUGCCAGCACAACCAUGGGUCCCCCUGAAACAAGGUCAGACAGCUCUGCCAGCACAACCAUGGGUCCCCCUGAAACAAGGUCAGACAGCUCUGCCAGCACAACCAUGGGUCCCCCUGAAACAAGGUCAGACAGCUCUGCCAGCACAACCAUGGGUCCCCCUGAAACAAGGUCAGACAGCUCUGCCAGCACAACCAUGGGUCCCCCUGAAACAAGGUCAGACAGCUCUGCCAGCACAACCACGGGUCUCCCUGAAACAAGGUCAGACAGCUCUGCCAGCACAACCAUGGGUCCCCCUGAAACAAGGUCAGACAGCUCUGCCAGCACAACCAUGGGUCCCCCUGAAACAAGGUCAGACAGCUCUGCCAGCACAACCAUGGGUCCCCCUGAAACAAGGUCAGACAGCUCUGCCAGCACAACCAUGGGUCCCCCUGAAACAAGGUCAGACAGCUCUGCCAGCACAACCAUGGGUCCCCCUGAAACAAGGUCAGACAGCUCUGCCAGCACAACCAUGGGUCCCCCUGAAACAGCUCUGCCAGCACAACCAUGGGUCCCCCUGAAACAGCUCUGCCAGCACAACCAUGGGUCCCCCUGAAACAGCUCUGCCAGCAGAACCAUGGGUCCCCCUGAAACAGCUCUGCCAGCACAACCAUGGGUCCCCCUGAAACAGCUCUGCCAGCACAACCAUGGGUCCCCCUGAAACAGCUCUGCCAGCACAACCAUGGGUCCCCCUGAGACAGCUCUGCCAGCACAACCAUGGGUCCCCCU